AAACCCGGGUUCUGGUGCUGCGAUGCAUGAAAUCCAAAAAAAAAUUCACAUGUUUUUUUCCUUCUAAUAAUCUCCCCGUCCACAGUCUUCGAUCACUGCUCUCUAGCUGCUGGAUCGCGACAAAAUAACAACCCUCCAGUGCUUCCAUAGAUCUAAUUUAGAUCUGAAUCGUGAAGGGGAGGAUAGAGAAUUCUGGAAAAUUUGUGGGCUUUUGAGAAGGAUCGAAGGAUAAAAAAUCUAGCGGUUUUGGGGCAAAAUGGGGACGGAGGAUCGAAGGAGGGUUAGGGUUGUGUUUGAUUUGGGGGAGUGGGGAAGACUUUAGGGGAAUUGGGAUGAAUUCUGAUGUGGGAUACAAAACUGGUUGAGGGUUUGAAAAGGAUUUGGUUGAAUAAGGUACUCUCUGAUGGUAUGAACAGGUUCGAGUGAUCGAUGUCGCGGGAAAAUGCAUAGAAACGGUCAAAGUUGGUGCUUUGAAUAAAGAGGGGUUGGAGAAGAUCGAAUCAAAGGAGCAGGGAAAUGGCAACUCCAGUUGAGCCUCCAAAUGGGACUAGAUGCGAAGGAAAACAUUAUUAUUCAAUGUGGCAGACUUUGUUUGAGAUUGAUACAAAAUAUGUGCCCAUCAAGCCAAUAGGUCGGGGAGCAUACGGUAUCGUGUGCUCUUCUGUGAACAAGGAAACCAAUGAGAAAGUUGCAAUUAAGAAGAUACAUAAUGCGUUUGAUAACCGUGUUGAUGCACUGAGAACUUUGCGUGAGAUUAAACUUCUUCGGCAUCUUCGACAUGAAAAUGUGAUUGCUUUAAAAGAUGUCAUGAUGCCUAUACACAGGAGAAGUUUCAAGGAUGUCUAUCUGGUUUAUGAACUCAUGGAUACGGAUUUGCACCAGAUUAUUAAGUCCUCCCAAGCGCUUACUAAUGACCACUGCCAAUAUUUUCUGUUCCAGUUGCUCCGAGGCCUGAAGUAUCUCCACUCAGCAAACAUCCUCCACCGAGACUUGAAGCCUGGAAACCUUCUUAUCAAUGCAAACUGUGACCUAAAAAUAUGUGAUUUUGGGCUAGCUCGAACUAGCACUGGCAAGGGCCAGUUCAUGACUGAGUAUGUGGUCACUCGCUGGUACAGGGCCCCAGAACUCCUCCUCUGCUGUGACAACUAUGGAACCUCCAUUGAUGUGUGGUCUGUUGGAUGCAUCUUUGCGGAGCUUCUCGGCCGGAAACCUAUAUUCCCUGGCACAGAGUGUCUUAACCAGCUCAAACUGAUCAUCAACAUCCUUGGGAGCCAGAGGGAGGCUGAUAUUGAAUUCAUUGACAACCCCAAAGCAAGGAAAUACAUCAAGUCUCUCCCGUUCUCACCAGGGACGCCUUUUUCCCGUCUUUACCCAAAUGCCCAUCCCAUGGCGAUUGAUCUGCUGCAGAAGAUGCUAAUUUUUGACCCCUCAAAGAGGAUUGGUGUCACCGAAGCACUCCAACACCCUUUCAUGUCCUCACUGUAUGAUCCCAGUAAGAACCCUCCAGCACAGGUCCCCAUUGAUCUGGACAUAGACGAGGAUUUAGGGGAAGAGAUGAUAAGGGAGAUGAUGUGGAAGGAAAUGCUCCAUUAUCAUCCUGAAGCUGUUACAAGCAAUGGGGAGGCAAGUUAGUAACCUUUUCUUCCUUGGUUUCAUAGCGGCCUAGGAAGGUUGUCCUUUUUCUUUUUCCUUAAAAUCUUGAAGAAACAUGCAUUAGUAGUUUGUGCUUCUUAAUGCAUGUUAUGACUAAUUAUCUCAUGUGGUUUUUGUUAUAAGAACUUGUUAAUGAGCUUGAGCUCUGUACCGUAGGUGGCCUCCUUGACUUGUACAUACGUGUGCUGUUAUAUGCAUCUGGUGACUUUUUGUUUGUAAAUUAACCCUACUAUUUAUCUUUAUGUAUGAGUUAUGACAAGACUAUUAGCAUAAUUGAGUUUGAAGAAAGUCUGUUUCCCUGUU